CAACCAAAAAUAAUUCGAUAAAUCACCAACACAAUCAAUUCAAGAUAAUAAAUUUAAAACAUUUCAAUUUUCUUAGGAGGUAUCCGUUAUAGAAUGGCGACUGGUAAUGCAGCAGGCACAGUUCAUCCCUUAGCAGGUGUAGGUGCGGAUCAAAACUCAGUAGAGAGUUUGACUGAGGUUUUCCGAUGCUUUAUUUGUAUGGAAAAGCUGCGAGACGCUCGCCUGUGUCCACACUGUUCCAAGCUUUGUUGUUAUACAUGCAUUCGGAGAUGGCUGACAGAGACACGAAUGCAGUGUCCCCACUGCAGGGCUCCUCUACAUGUGUCAGAGCUGGUGAAUUGUCGGUGGGCGGAGGAAGUUACGCAGACACUCGACCUACUACAACACACUAUCCCACCUAGGGAUGGAGCAGACACAGACCAGUGCAGUGAACACAAGGAAAAAAUCAGUGUGUACUGUGAGACAUGUAGACAGUGCAUCUGUCACCAGUGUGCCUUGUGGGAGGGCAAGCACACCGGCCACACCUUCAAGCCGAUUGAGAACGAGUACAACCAGCAUGUCCGUCAGAUCAUGGAGGAACUGAGUCUCAUACGACGUAGAAACAUUGAGAUUAUCAGCCUUGUUCAGGAUGUUGAACGUAACAUAGACAGUGUGAAGUCAGCGAAGGAUGAGCGUGUGCGAGAGAUACGAAACGCUGUGGAGCUCAUGAUUGCCAGGCUGGAGUCACAGCUAAAGAGCAAACUCCUCACUCUUAUGGGUCAGCGCGGGCAGCUAACCCAGGAGACAGAGAUUCUAGACUCGGUCAUCCAGAAGAUUGAGAGUCAGGUGGCUCACAGCUGUAAGAAGGACCUGAUUAUCCGCAGUGAGGAGUUCCUUGCCAUCUUUAGACAGAUGCAUCGUCGCCCAAUGACAUCAUUUGUGACCGCCCCAGUGCCCACAGACUUCACCAGUGAAAUAGUCCCCCCAUAUGACAGCAGCACAUUCGUAAUGAAUAGCUUCAGUGCCCUGCAACAGAGAGCUGACCCUGUGUACAGCCAGCCUCUACAAGUGAAUGGACUCAGCUGGAGACUCAAGGUCUACCCGGAUGGUAAUGGUGUGGUGAGGGGCAACUACCUGUCUGUGUUCUUAGAACUCUCAGCUGGACUGCCAGAGACAUCCAAGUAUGAGUAUAGAGUAGAGAUGGUCCACCAGGCUUCCCGUGAUGCAAGUAAGAACAUUGUGCGGGAGUUUGCCUCCGAUUUUGAAGUCGGGGAGUGUUGGGGCUACAACCGAUUCUUCCGCCUAGACCUGCUGGCCACAGAAGGUUAUCUCAACACUGAGGUCGAUUCCCUGACCCUUCGUUUCCAAGUCCGACCUCCGACAUUCUUCCAGAAAUGUCGUGAUCAGCAAUGGUAUAUAAACCAGCUUGAGUCAUCUAACACACAGUACCAAAUGCAGAAUAAUGAUUUGAAAGAAAGAAUCACAUUGGAAAUUCUGAGGAACAAACAUUCCAGUAAAAAAGGAGUAAAAAUUGAUUCCCCCAUCCCCCUGGUAGACGAGGGUCUGGUUGACAGCCUGUACACCAAGUAUUGCCAUAGUGACCAGCCUGUUGCUGAGGGUGGUUCUGAGAUAGAGAUAGAACACAACGCAGACGACACUGAGACAGACUCAGACUCGUCUGACAGGAGUGAACUGAGCCAGGGUGAAAGCCAUGAUGAUGAUCUAGAGGAAUACUCCAUUACUGAGGAGAAUGAUGUCGAUGAGGAAAAUAUGUGCCUGGACAACGAUGUUGAGGAACAGGAGGAACUUGGGAUAAACAAUCUGGACCAGGACACCGCUGCUGGUGGGGAACCAGCAACAUCUGCCAUGAACAUUCUUGAACAGAAAACUUCCAGGAAUGAUGAUGAGACAAUGCUGCUACAGUUUCUACAAGACAGUGAGAAUCAGUGGCCACGCAGUCGACGCCUUGGACCAUCAAGGUUUACCACACCCUCUAGUACAGCUGACAUCCUAUUGAAUCUGGACCUAGGUUUCUUCUUGCCGCGUCCCCCAACCACGACCUCCGCCUCCUCGUCUGCCCAUCAUGUCCCCACCCCCCUCACUACCACAGCUGAGUCCACCUUGGGCAAGAAAAACAAUGCCAAACAUACCAAGACUACUGACUCAUCUCUAUACUCAGGUGCUACAGGCAGUGUAGGGGAUACAUCCUGCCAGUCACUACAGGACCUGCAGGCCCGUAUCAACCGCAUUACUGAGACGGACACACUUGAGCACAUACAAGCACGCUUUAAUGAGCUUGCAGCCACAACCUUCUCCACGCUGGCUGCUGCCAAUGCCGCCGUCUCAAGUGAGAUUGAAGCACGGGCAAGGGCCACUUUAGAAAAAUCAGAGCGAAAGCAUUCUGGGGAUUCUAGUCACAGAUCAAAGGACGAUAGCAGUUGUAAGGGGAGCAAGGGGAAGGAGUCGGACAAGAGCCCACGAAGAGCCCAGUCAGCAGGCACCCUAACUAUGCUGGAUAAACCACUAUCCCUGCCUGCCCUGGACAUGUCACUGGAGGAGGGACCCCUGUCUGACCUUGACCUCACCCUGGAUGGGGCCUUGGGCCACGACCUCCCUCAACAGUUUGAGGACCUGACCUUCCAGACUCUCCCUGUACAUUCAGGAGAUAAAUACCCAGCCUCAGACAAGAACGAGAGAGGAGGAAGCAAAAGCAAGGCCAAAUCAGAGAGACAGAAAACUCAGAAGGACAAGGAGAAUGCCAAAACAAAGGAAGAGUACACUGAACCUACCUCCAGUGUGGAGAGGGGGUCAGGGGAGGUAACUAGCCAGGAGACUGGAGAGGUGGUCAGUGUAGGGGAGACAACCCCUGCAGGACCUCAGGUUGAGUUUACUACUGCUGGGACAGGCAGCUCACGAGACGACGAUGAUGAGACUUCAGUUGUUUGAGAGCUACAGUUGUGGCCAUGGUUUGAGGAACUGAGAUUUUCUUAUACUGCCAUAUUGUGAUUUCAGGGCUCAAUAAAGCUCUUUUUGUGGGACCGAAUAAAGCUUUGUGACUGACUGUAUGAUUGAUGUGUGAGACUUACUCAAUAUAUUGUAAUCUGUUUUGCUGUAUUUGGGGAAAGUGAUGGAAUCUCACUUAAACAUGAAUUUUAGUUUUUGAAGCCUGUGUUAAAUAACUUAAAUUGGAAUUGGUUUUGUACCACAUGAAAAUGUGAUGUGUAUACUUGAAAGAGGUUUAUCAAGUUUAUCUAAAAUGCAACACUUUUGUUCAAAGUAAAAGAAUAUACUCAAGAUUAAUAUAUUAAACAUAUAUAUAAAUAUACAAUUUUCAUAUGUGUGCGUGUGUGUGUGCGUGUGCGUGUGUGUGUGUUUAGUGAUACAACAUUGUAAUCUAUGCAUGAUUAAAAUUGGCUAAUGAUUAGAAAUAUUAUUACCGAAUUUUACGAUAACUAUUAUGCAAAUGAGCAGGGAAAAAAUCUUGAGAAAAAUUGGGUAAAAUCUUUUUUCAUUUUCAAAAUAUGAAAUUCAAGAUCUUUCUAAAAUCAGCCUGAAUUGGGCUUGGAAAAGAUCAGUAAGCAUUAUUCUCCACAGAAAAUGAUUGUCUGUGUACUUAAGAUCAUCAGUUUUAACAUUUACAGUAAAAUUCGGUACAUAACACUUUGAACGGUUUCAGUAUUUGAAAUAGGGCAUUGCAAUUUCCAGAUGCUACGUCUGUUAAUUAGAUUAGCAUUAAGUAUUGGACUUGUUUUGUAAAUGAUAAUUUUGCAGAGCAUGAGUUGUACAUGUUAUUUGCAUUUUGUUUUUCAGUGUUGUGCUAAUUCACUCUGUGAUACCUGUACAUAUUCACAUAAUUAUAAUAAUAGUUGUUCAUGUUUCUUUCGUCAGCAUUUGACUUUAUUCUGUGUGAAAGUCUCUGCCCUACAUAUGUAUUGGGUAGGGUUAAUUAAUCUUCCAACAUGCUUGUGCUGAACAAAGAUACUACUACUGCACUGUAUGUUUAAUUUAUUUAAAAUUUUGAUUGUGUGUUUCUGUUUUUCGUAGAUAUGUGUGAUUCUUACAUUCCGUCACAUAUAUGUCUGUCCGUUCUGUUCUUGCUCAUAUUUGAAAAUAUAGUUAUAACAAGA